ACGCGGCCGCCGCCUCCUCCAGCCCCUUCGUCCCGCGCGGCCCUUCCUCCCUGCCCAGCGCCCCUCCCGCCGCUCGCUCGCUCGCCCGCUCAGCCAAUCCGGACCCAGCCGGCAGCCGCGGCUCUCCCCAGGGCCGCAAUUGCGCGCGGGCCACCCGCUCUCUCGCCGCCUCUCCUUCUCCUGCAGGCGGCCGCCGGUGGAGGAACAGCCCCCCCCUCGCGCCCCGCCGGGAGCGAUAACGUCUCACAAUGGCAGAAGCACAUCAAGCGGUCGCUUUUCAGUUCACUGUAACUCCAGAUGGGAUUGAUCUGCGCAUGAGCCAUGAAGCACUCAGGCAGAUCUAUCUGUCUGGGCUCUAUUCCUGGAAGAAGAAGUACAUCAGACUCAAGAAUGGUAUAAUCACAGGAGUCUAUCCAGCCAGCCCAUCCAGUUGGCUUAUUGUAGUGGUGGGAGUUAUGUCAACAAUGUAUGCCAAAAUGGAUCCUUCAUUGGGCUUAAUAGCAAAAAUUAACAGGACUCUUGACACAACCGGCUACAUGUCCCAUCAAACGCAGAAUGUUGUCAGUGGGAUUCUUUUUGGGACAGGGCUUUGGGUGGCCCUUAUUUUCACAAUGCGCUAUACUCUAAAGAUGCUGCUUUCCUACCAUGGGUGGAUGUUUCAUGAACAUGGCAAACUUUCCACAGGAACCAUGAUAUGGAUGAAACUGGUAAAACUUUUCUCAGGUCCUAAACCAAUGCUGUACAGUUUCCAGACGUCUCUGCCGCGCCUUCCUGUUCCAGCUGUUAAGGACACAGUAAAUAGGUACUUGGAGUCAGUUAAGCCACUUAUGAAUGAUGAAGAGUUUAGAAGAAUGGAAGAUCUUGGCAAAGAUUUUGCGGUUAAUUUGGGACCAAAACUACAGUGGUACUUGAAACUGAAAUCCUGGUGGGCUACAAACUAUGUUAGUGAUUGGUGGGAAGAAUACAUUUACCUUAGAGGACGUGGCCCAAUUAUGGUUAACAGUAACUAUUUUGCAAUGGAUUUCCUAUAUUUUACUCCCACCUCUGUGCAGGCAGCUAGAGCUGGCAAUGCCAUCCAUGCAAUCUUGCUGUAUAGAAGAAAACUUGACAGGCAACAAAUCCCACCAACUCUUCUGAUGGGAUCCACAGUUCCACUCUGCUCAGCUCAAUGGGAGAGGAUGUUUAAUACCUCCCGUAUUCCAGGAGAAGAAACAGAUACUAUCCAGCACAUAAAAGACAGCAAGCACCUCGUUGUGUACCAUAAAGGAUGCUACUACAAAGUAUGGCUGUACUAUGAUGGCAGACUACUGGCUCCCCGGGAGAUUGAACACCAGAUGCAGUGGAUUUUAAAUGACAAAUCAGAGCCCCAGCCUGGUGAAGAAAAGUUAGCAGCUCUUACUGCGGGAGAUAGAGUACCUUGGGCCAAGGCGCGCCAGACAUACUUUGCCCGUGGAAAGAACAAGCAGUCCUUGGAUGCCAUUGAAAAGGCAGCUUUCUUUGUUACUUUGGAUGACACUGUUCAGGGUUACAGGGAAGAGGAUCCAGUGAUAUCAAUGGAUGCCUAUGCAAAGGCACUUCUGCAUGGCAAGUGCUAUGACAGGUGGUUUGACAAGUCAUUUACUUUCAUAGUGUUCAGGAAUGGUAAAAUGGGCUUGAAUGCUGAACACUCCUGGGCAGAUGCUCCUGUUAUGGGGCAUCUUUGGGAGAAUGUCAUGUUUUCCGACUGUCUUGAAUUGGGCUAUACAGAAGAUGGCCAUUGCAAAGGAGAAAUCAGUUCAGGCAUUCCUAUGCCUACCAGGCUACAGUGGGAAAUUCCUGAAGAGUGCCAAGAAGUGAUAGAGAGGUCCCUGGAAAUUGCAAGGCCAUUAGCGGAUGAUGUGGACUUCCACUGUUUUCCUUUUGACACAUUUGGGAAAGGAUUAAUGAAGAAAACAAAAACUAGUCCUGAUGCUUUUGUGCAACUUGCCCUUCAGCUUGCUCACUACCGGGACAUGGGAAAAUUCUGCUUAACUUAUGAAGCAUCUAUGACCCGUCUCUUCAGAGAAGGUAGAACAGAAACAGUUCGCUCAUGUACUGUUGAGUCCUGCAAGUUUGUGCAAGCUAUGGAUGACCCAGCAGAAAGUACUGAAAAGAAGUGUGUGCUGUUCAAGGCCGCUGCUGCUAAACACCAGUUUUUGUACCGUUUUGCCAUGACUGGUGCUGGUAUUGAUCGUCACCUCUUCUGUCUUUAUGUGGUGUCUAAAUACCUUGCUGUUGAAUCUCCUUUCCUUAAGGAAGUCUUGGCAGAGCCCUGGAGACUUUCAACAAGUCAGACACCGCAACAGCACAUUGACCUGAACAAGAAUCCUGAAAUGGAGUCCAGCGGUGGUGGCUUUGGACCAGUUGCUGAUGAUGGUUACGGUGUGUCAUAUAUUAUCGUGGGUGAGAAUCUCAUCAAUUUCCAUGUAUCCAGCAAGUUUUCUUGCCCAGAAACAGAUUCUCAUCGCUUUGGAAGCAACAUCAAGCAGGCUUUGUGUGACAUCAGAAAUUUGUUCCAUCUUGGUAAAAACUCUACUAAGUGACCCCCCCAACCAGCACAUCAGCUAGUCACCCUGUGCUCACCGCGAUAACUCUUCUGAUCAAUGAAUGAAAGAAAACGAGGCAUGCAAAGCGGCAUUUGGACAUAAUCCAUACAGGGAUAUAUUCAUAAGCAUUUAAUCUUGGGAGAGUUGCCAGGGUUCGUGACUGUGAUUGUUCAAAAGAGUUUUCUUUUCCACAACAAAUGACUUGACAUUCUCUGUAUUAGUAAGACUUCAGCAAGGUGAAGACAUGUAUCCUAGGCCUGUCUUAAUGUAAUGUAAAUUUGAUAAUUUCCUACAAAAAAUCUGUUUAUUUGUAUUCUGUAAAGGAAGGGAUGAAUGAAAUGUGUGUAUAUGAUGCUCAUAACAACAACAAAACACUUGUCUUGAAAUGUACCAGUAGAAGAAAUAUAUCUGUUCUUUUAUCAGUGUGACAACUUGGGGCAUUCACCUUAAAUAAAGGCAUUUCAUUAAGCUGAACAUUUUUUAUAAAAUAUGGCAAUCUUCCUGUAGUGAGCUAAGUGGAGAAACACUUUAUUGCUUGGAAGAAGUUUCUGUUGCCACAGAUGAGUAGUAAACCAUUUGCACUACCUGAAACAGUGGCAAAUUAAUACUACUUUUAUCAUAUUAUUCCUGACCCCAUGCAUUUCCACAUCUUCAUUUAAUUUUGUAAAUGGACCUGUAUGUGUGUUUCAGCACCUAAAAAGAGGUUCUAAAUACAGAAUACACAGUGGGUUAUUAUUUUAUAGGUGAGUGUUCUAUCUAUAAUCUGUUACGGCUGCUGAAUUCACAGUUUACCUAAUGGGGGUAAAAGUGAGCAUAUUUUCAUAUAGCAUUGUACAUAUGUACCCACAAAAAUGGAGAUCUCUUCCAGGUCAAUGAAAUUUACUAUUAGUCAUGACAUUUCUCUGAGCUUUAGGAACUGUAGCCAUGAGAUAAAAAACCAGCUGGACAAUCCCCACCAUAUAAGACACAGCCUGACUGAAAUACUGUACCUUAUCCAGUCUCGUGCCUUAAGGAGUUCCCAUCUUAUGUGCAACCAUGGUAUAUAGAGAAGGUCUUUAUCAUAAUACAUAUUACACUAUGAUCCUCCAGAUAUGGACUAUCUAAUUCAAAGAUGUUCAAAGAGCAUCAGAGAUUUCUAGAAAAUAUGUGUAGUGGGACUUAAAAAUUAAAGCAGAGUGAGUGGCACAAAGUUAACACUUGAAGAUGCAAGCAUUAUGAAAAUCCUUUCUAAAGUAUUUUAGGCAGUAUUUGCAUUAAACAAACCAAGGGUUUAUCACAGCAGUUGCAGCUAUCUUAAUACAAUGGCUAUAAAAACAUGCAACAUCAUUUGAGGCUUUAAUUUUUAAAAAUUCUGAUGCUCCAGAGCUUUUAAAAACUAGAAUGAAUGGGGGAGAAAUGUCUCUUUCAUAUUCACAGAACAGAAUAACUUCUGUUUUGUAUGGUACUUGGCCAAUAUGCUUUAAAUGCCUUGGCUUGGGACAUUAAUGAAGAAUCAGAUACACAGUUCUGUAAGUAGUGGAAUGCAAUACUCCUGCAAGAGUGGUGGGACAUGUUUUGUUUGAUCAGGUACAUUAAAAAGGAAUACUAUGGGAAAGAAUUUAUAGCACCCAGAAUGCAGCAUGGUAUCCAUUACAAGUACUACAAGGAGCAGUAUGUAUAGACACUUUAUAUUGACCACUGACCAACCUCUGUUAAUCUUAAAGUAAUCUUGUAGGAUUUCGUAAAAGAGCAUACCUAGGUUUGACUCUCAGGUUACAGAAAUUUCAUAUGUAAUCAUAGUUAACUAGUGCAUUAUCAAUGCAAUUUUGCAUUUUUUUUGCAGGAAUGUAAAUGUGUAAUUGGCUGAGGACAACCAGGUUUUUAUUGCAAGUAUUCGAAGGACUGUCACGUGUUGUUGUUUUUUCAUAUGACACAAAUAAUUAAUUCCUAAACAGGACACAAUUUGUAUGGUCUUAGAAUGUCAAUUGCAUGUAAAUAAUGUUACUUUUGCUGUAAAUCUAAAAUGCUCAGUAAACAUAUUCUA